CUAUUCAAUGAAAUGGCAAAAAACAGUCAAACCAUUGAAUGCCAUUCAUUAUCAUUAGUUGAUAAUCCAAAGUGUCUUAUAUUAAGAUAUUAUGACAAAACAAAUUUAAAGUAUAGGAAACUUAUUGUUCCCAUCCGUGACCACAUCACCGACCAGACAGUGGACAACACAUGCGAUCAAUUGAUAGCUAGACAUAAGCCAUAUUUGGAUCAAGUGUCUCGACAUCACAUAAUAAAUUUGUUAAGACAUCUAAUCCGUAAAGACAAUAACAAUGCCAUUGCCAUCGAUGACAUCAAGUCAGCCAAUGAAUUGUCAUUUAAUGAAGACGACGAAGAAUUUGUUUUUUGAAAGCGAUUGUAUUUUGACUUUAGGCGACGGAAACUUCACUUUUUCUCGAUAUUUAUAUCAAUCUUUUAAAUGUAAAAUAAUAGCCACAGAUGUUGUAGACAAUCAUAAAUCUAAUUCAUUGAUAAAAGACAAUCGUGAAUAUCUUAUAGAUAACGGACAUAAUGUCUAUUUGGGAGUGGAUGCCACUAAACUCGAAGAAUAUCCGCUAUUGAUGUGUCGAAAUGAUAUAUCUUAUAUUAUCUUUAAUUUCCCUCAUGUUUUGACUAAGAAAAUGAAAAUUGGAUUAAAUCGUCAGCUAUUAAAAGAGUUCUUUGAAAGCGCUCAAAGAUUUAUUGGCGAUAAAAGUAUUAAAGUUAUGGUUAGUCUCUGUAGCGGUCAAAGUGGUGUCAAUGAUAUUGAAGAGACUGAUCGCAAGUGGUCUGAUUCGUGGCAAUUGCCAGAAAUGGCUACAAAUGGUAACUUUGUUAUCAUUGAUUACAAUGAUUUUAUAGAAAAGAGAUAA